UUUUUGGACAAAAUAUUUUUGAACGUUAAACUUUUGAAAUUAAUAUAAUCAAUUUAGAGGACUGGUAAUGCCAUCACUCACACGAAUUGUCUUGUUUCUAGUGGAGGGUGGUCAGCGAGCAGUUGUCUUUAAUAGAAUUGGAGGGAUGCAGAUGGAUACAGUCCUCUCUGAGGGUCUCCACUUCAGGAUACCAUGGUUUCAAUAUCCAAUCAUAUAUGAUAUCAGAGUGAAACCAAGAAAAAUAUCAUCUUUAACAGGAAGCAAAGACCUGCAGAUGGUGAACAUCGCAUUGCGUGUGCUGUCACGACCGGUGGCUUCCCACCUUCCUGUCAUGUACCAGCAUCUGGGGAAGGACUACGAUGAGCGUGUGCUGCCGUCCAUUGUAAAUGAAGUUCUGAAGAGUGUGGUCGCCAAAUUUAACGCAUCCCAACUAAUUACACAAAGAGCCCAGGUCUCUCUGCUCGUCCGACGGGAGCUCUUUGAACGCGCUAAGGACUUCAACAUUAUUUUCGACGACGUGGCCAUCACAGAGUUGAGCUUCAGCAAGGAGUACACAGCAGCUGUGGAGGCCAAACAAGUUGAGUAUGCAAAAACUGCAAGAGCGUCACGACCGGGAGCAGAAAGUGUCCGACUUAACAUCUCCGCUUUCAAUUCCGCCCCCGACUGCAAGCGGCUACUCUCGCCAUUCAGUCUGCGCAGCACUGCAUGA